GCACAGUUUUGUUCUUUGGGGGGUUGUAAUAAGAGACACUUCUUCACAAAGGUUCAUAUCAUCACAUAGGAGAGUGCUGUAUAUACUGGGAGAACAAUAGACUCUGUUCUUUUUUUCUUGGUAUUAUCCAGAGAUUUGCUUUCUGCUGCCCUGACUUAAAGCAGAGUACCUCUGUGGCCUGUCUCCUUUGGCCCCAAAAUGACAGUAAUUGCUGCAAUCAGUUGUUCUCUUUUAUUUUCCCUUCUUUGUGAAACAAGUGCAUUAGUGUUACCCAACUCCACUGACCUAUUCCUGUCAGACAGUAAUUUCACUGACAUCAAGACAGCUUUGGCAGCUCAUCUGGACUCUGCAAAAAUUCCCAAAGCCAGGCGGAAGCGCUACAUUUCUCAGAAUGACAUGAUUGCCAUUCUUGAUUAUCAUAAUCAAGUCAGAGGCAAAGUCUUCCCACCUGCUUCCAACAUGGAAUAUAUGGUUUGGGAUGAAACUCUUGCCAAAUCUGCUGAGGCCUGGGCUGCUACAUGCAUUUGGGAUCAUGGUCCUUCCUAUCUUCUGAGAUUUUUGGGCCAGAACUUGUCUGUAAGAACUGGAAGGUAUCGAUCUAUUCUCCAGCUGGUAAAGCCAUGGUAUGAUGAGGUGAAGGAUUAUGCUUUCCCUUAUCCUCAAGAUUGCAACCCUAGGUGCCCAAUGCGAUGUUAUGGACCCAUGUGCACCCAUUACACACAGAUGGUUUGGGCCACUUCCAAUCGUAUAGGCUGCGCAAUCCACACAUGCCACAAUAUGAACGUCUGGGGAUCUGUUUGGCGGCGAGCUGUUUACUUGGUAUGCAACUAUGCCCCAAAGGGGAAUUGGAUUGGAGAAGCACCAUAUAAAGUUGGAGUCCCAUGUUCAGCUUGUCCUCCAAGCUAUGGAGGUUCUUGUAUCGACAAUCUUUGUUUCCCAGGAGUAACAUCAAACUACUUAUAUUGGUUUAAAUAAGUUAAGGUUAACAUUAUUUUAAAGAAAACCCACAGAUGCGUAACAAGAACCUUGUGUAUUAAAUUUUGCACAUAUUAUAUAUAGAGAGAUAUUGUAAUAAUACUCUGAUAUUUUCUUUUUGUAUGCUUUUCUAUAAUUAGCUUUCAAAGUACAGUAUAAUUUGGUUUUAACACUUUGGGAUUUAAGACUCACAUUAUCCCUUUUAGAUUAACAUUUUGUUAAAGGAGAGCAAACCCAUUUUAAUCUUAGCAAGUAUAGCUUCCUGAACAUUAGAUUAUAUUAAAAGCACAUCAGAAGAUAGAAUAUUACUUCCUUUUAAAAACAAUAGCUCUAGAAAGAGAAGGGUCAUUGGUUAAUACUGUGCUUUAAAAAUGGAGUGUGACAUGCAAAGGAACAAAUUGUCCUCACACUCCCAAUAGUUCCUCCUGUUUACACCUGUGCUUCCACCUGCAAUAUCAGCGGGACACUGAGCAGGGGAAAACAUAUGUGCAAGAGAAACUGCAGGAUAUUACCUACCUCAUGCACAGCAUCAAUUCAUUUAUGGUGUUUCGAGAGUUCAGCACAUGGCUGCUGCUAUCACAUGUCUGUGUGCAGACAAGAAUAUUGAAGAGGAUGAGGAACCACACAGAUAAGAUGCAGUGGCUGUUAACUCAUGUGCAUAAAGUCUUAUCUAGAUAGAAGGCUACAUCACUGUAAAAAUACUGAUAUAACAGCACAGCUUGACUCUACCUUCCUGUAUUUCUGAACACAGUCAUAGUUCUAUAAUGGUGCUUGGCAGGAGUAUAUUUAUUCUUUUGCAGGAAGAAAUAUAUUGCUACAAAGCAAUAUCCAUCGAUACAUGACAUCCAUAGUAUUUUUUACACUAUAGGUUUACCAGUAUAUAUGUUGUCCCUCUGACUGAAAUUCAGUUGAGAAUCAGGAGAGAUCAGACCUAAAAACAAGUAGGAAGAUUUGUAAAUAAAAGACUUCAGAGAUCUUUAAAAAUUAUAUAGAUUUGUUGCAAAAAAUCAAAAUUUCUAAAGUCAUUGCUAGUGCCAUUAAAAAUAUAUUGCACUGUUUCCUGAAAAUAUCUGUGUGCAUUAUUAAAAACCAAAUCUGCCAAAAAUUUUCUGCCAAAAUCUGGAUGCCUUAUAGGUUCCUAAUAGAGACGUUAAAACCAAAAUAUUAUACAGGUACUUUCCUUGAAAAACUGAUUAUUAAAAUUAAGAGAUCAAAUGUCUGCCACUGUUACUAGGUCAUUGAAAUAACCUUGAAUUUUGGCUUUAUGUUACAGGGCAGAAUAUACUCCACUUUAAAUAUAAGUGUUUAGGCUGAUUGCACUGCUACAUUUAGAUCUCUGAAAUUUAUGAACUUUGAAAAGCAAUACUGAGUAGAGUAAGUGGAACAACAGAGGAUAAUUUCACUAGAGCUACAUAUGUAUGUAUCUUUAAGUCACUAAUUCAGUGUUUUUAGGGUAUUUGAGAUAGUCUGUCACCAGAAUAUGAAGCAACAUUCUGGUGAUAUAAAAAGAAAUAUGAGAAUUUGAAUUCUUCACAUUAGUUAUUCUUUUUCUCCAGCAAGAUAUCUGGAACAGGCUGUAUAGUGUAUGAAAUGUAGCAGCCCCUCUCUAUCUGUCUGCACUCUGAUCCCUCAGAGAACUUCAGCAGCAGAUCUAUGGCUCUUCAGAUAUUUCUGGUUAGUGACACUUCUGUAUCUGACAGGACAAGAACUAGACAGGCAUAUUGCCUUUAGAUGUGUCCAUGUUGUGAAAGGAUAACUGUAAUAUUCUACUAACUUUUAUCCUAACAGGUACAAUAUAAACAUUUUUCCUUUUGUUUUCAAAGGAGUUUGGACUUGAACAGUACUCAAUCAGUCAAAUACUUUGGCAGAGUAAAAGCCAGUCCUAUUUUGGGAGUGAAAGACAACCUCUUUGCAUUAUCUGUGUACACACUGAAGUAAAUGAGACAAAACUAUUUGGUGGGUGACUAGCCUCUCAGCCAGCGCAGUUUUUGCCAAAGAUGCAGGUGAAAAAUGCAUUUUUGUUCUGCAUAAGAAAUCUUCUAUAGAGGUAAAGACAGACCAGUUAAAGCAGUGCAUCUAGCCAUUUUCAGUAUUUUUAUUUUUGAAAUACAAAUAGGAAGCAGAGCAUAAGAAAAAGUUCAGGUUAUGCCAUGAAGCCUACAACAGUAGGUCUAACAAUAAAUGACUAUGCACUUUGAAACUUGCAACUUGUAUGUUAUAUGGUACAUUUUCCAAACAGGACUAGACAUUGUAAAUUAAUUUAUAAUUCUGUAAUUCAGCUGAAAUUAUUAUCACGGGUAUAUAUGUUAUCGUAUCUGUUACUUUUUAAGUUGCUACAAAUACCUUGAUUUUGUGGAAUAUUUUGUUUUCUGUGAAUAUAGAAAACUUUGCUUUUAACAAAUAGGUAUGCAGGUUUUUUCACAACAUCCCAUAAUGGUGCUAGGGAUUAACUAUUGUAAUCACACUGUAAUUGACAGCAGCAAAAUAUGAUCUGGAAAUAAGCUAUGUCAUACGAGCAGCUCCUGAUAAAACCAGCCAUAAGCACUCAAGCAUUAGCUGAAUAGUUUUUCUUUUAACAGAGAGCAUUAUAGAUCAUCAGAUAUUUGAUUGCCACAUGAAAUUUCCACUUUAAAGUGGAAGGUCUUUCUGUAUUGCCUAUUUUAAUUGCCCCAGUUUCUAUUAUCUUUUUGCUCUUGGGCCAGGUAAUGACAAUGCCAGUAAAGCUCUAUUUUGAUUGCCAGUGCCAGUGCUUCCUGACUGACUACCUGACACGAAGUGCUGCUACAAGAAAAGCACUGAAAUACACAAAAGACUUCAGAUGUCUUUGGCAAUUUUAAUACAUGCUGAGCUUGAUGAGUUCAAGGCCAUGCUGAGGCAAACCAUCUCCAGCUGCUAUUCUGAUGGCCUUGAAGUACUAAUUUCUUCUCAGCAGAGGGCUGUGCCUUUAAAGACAGAGAAAUUAGCUCAGACUUCUGUUCUAAAUAUAAAAUUGUAAAAGUAUGCACAAGCUAAAAUAAGGCAAAAAUUAUUUUUUGUCAAAAUACUAUGAGAGGAAUAAGACUAAAAAUGAUAUAACAAAAUUGAUAUAAUUAAUUAUUGAGUGCAGCUGUUUAUAAUAAUAUCUGUUUGUGACUUUUUGCCUCAUUUAAACAUUUAAGGUGAUGGGGAGCCAUUGAUACCUUUUGGUGCUAACCUCUGUUCUGGUGCUGAAGUUACAGAUUAUUUUUUAUGGAAAUAUUACCAUAUACACUCCAGUGUUUGUGAGAUCUUUUUCAGCUAAACAUAUAACUUGCCACUAGGUCAGAUUUGCUUUCAGAGUUCCUUUUUAUGGUUGUUUCAGGCUCUAAUAAGAGUUUUAUGUGCAUCAGAGAGGAAAAUGUAUUCCAGUUCAAAACCAAAACAAACAGUACCCUCCCCUCCUCACAACAGGCGAGUGCCUGUGGAACAAAUUACGGGGAGAGUAAGACCUCUGAGAGUCAUGACUUCAGAUUGAUGCUGAGCAAGUUUUAGUGAUUCCAGAUCAUCUCUCUGAAAAAUAAAUGACUUCAGAAAAUCCGGGCUUGACCUUGCACAUUUAUCCUUGGUAUCUAAUCUUUGAGAUCAGUUUUUUUUCCUGAAUUUGAGGUGAGUUUGAUCAAGUCUUAGUGAAAACCAGAGGAGUUUUAAUAUAACUUCUGUAGGAAUGAAAAAUUGGAUUCCAUGAGAGCUUUGUGAACAGUAAAAUUACACUUCAUAUGCCAUGCCCUAUUAAUACUGGGAAAUACCGUGGGGCUUUGAAAGAGGAAGCCUCCCAGAGCAAAAGUAUUGUGACUGCACGGAAAGAAAUAUAUCUGUGUCUAUAUCCACAUCUGUAUCUGUAGGCAGGUGGAUAGGUGUAUGAUAGGUGAUAGAUAAAUAAAUUUAUACAUUCUCCCAGAGGAUGGGGUUGCAAGCAUCGAUGCCCUCUUGUGGUUGAGAAUGCCACUACUCAUUACCUAGGAAUCCAAGAGGUUCUAGGUUUUUUUGAAAACAAACGCAAAUCUAAAGUUUUCGGCCUUGAUUUUAGAGACACAUGACUUUGUCUGUUUCCUUUGAGAAAAGAAGUGCAGUGCACAACUCUUCCAUUUCUUAGUUUUACAUGAUUUGUAAGUACAGAACUCAAUUACAGUUUUAUUAGCUGGUGACUACCUAACAUACAGAGUGUUAUGAAUAUGAGGUAAAACAGAGUUAUUCAGAUGUCAGAAGAAUUUUUAGAAGUGUUAAGUCAGAUAUACUACUUAAAAACCAGGGUGUGGGAAGCGUCAUUACUCAGAUACUAAAUUAUGAUGAUCCCUAAUAAAAUCUUAAAGGCCUGAAUUACUGUUGCAAUCUGCCCAUUAUUGGUAAGUUUUCAAGAUAAGACUCUUACUUUCCUAUUCCAGAAUGAGAUGAUCUUGGAAUCCAAGCACACAAAAUUUUUGUAGUGCUUUUUAAAACUGCAGAAUUUAAAAUUGCUCUAGUGCUCUAGUUCUCAGAUGACACGUAUUUGGUCUGGUGGUCUCAAAGUGCACAAACUUUCUUGUUUAAAUUUGCAAGAAGAAUGUUGAAAUUCUAUCAAUAGAAGCCUGAAAUAGCAAUAACCUUCUCAAUCUGCUUUCUUUCAAUAGAAAAGAGUUGAAAAAAUUAAGAAAAAAUAACAAUUACCCAUCUGAUUGAUUCAACAGCCUAUCUGGUUAAUUCCAGAAAUGAUAAAAUAAAUUGAUUUCAAUACUUUCUUCCUGCUUAGUUUUCAUUUCCUAAUUUACCCUCAGGGUAGAGUUAUUUUCUGUUAGAAAAGAAUUACAGGGCAAUGCAUUUUUGAAUUCACACAAGUCAGUGGAACAGAUAGAAAGUUUUGAUUGUUAUCCACAUUCUGUAGAGUUCCCCUGAGUGUGAUCUGUGAGAAAUCCAGACUGAAAUGGUUGCAAUUCAUUAUCUUCUUCUGCCAAAAGACAAAACUCAGAGUGGAAGAAGAGUUUAGCAUGUUAUCAUUGAGUAAUAAGAUUGUAAAUUCUUUAAAAUCCCUCAUACUGAAAGUGCAUAUAAAUUAUAAUUAGGGUUAUGUUGGCCAGCAGGAAAGAGAGGGAAUAUCUUGCAGGUUAUAUGUUUAGCUCACAACAGCAAUUGUCAUUCAAAUCACUGGCUGUUCAUCAUGCUGCUAACUCUACAGCUUCAGUAGACCAUCCUGUAAGUCGGGAAGUAUCUUAGAUGUGAUGUUUAAAGUAAUAAAAUUCUUUCUUAAGAGUGAAUGGUAAUGUUGAAAUCAAUAACUCUUAGGAGUUAAACAGCUUUGUUUCAGGUAGGGCGCUCUAAUGUAAUUGAAAUGGUGCUUAAAGGCAGGGUUCAUUUAAGAAGCAAACCAUCUAUAGAUGUUUUUUUCCAUAUGCAACAAGGAAAGACUUUUCUGAGGAUUAAAGAUGCUUGGGAUUAGAAAAUAAGUCUAUUUCUGUGUUUUUUUAUCUGAACCCAUGUGAAAAAAAUGUUCAGUGUUUAUAGAGUUAAAUGCUUCCCCCCACCCCCCCCAUUAUAUAUUUUCAUUUUUCUUGUUCAGGUUUUUUUGAUAAUUGUGUGGGUGGGGUUGUAUCUGGUUUCUUGGAGAAGAAAGCUUGUUGUCUAACAUGUGUUGCAGUGAACUUUCCAAUGUAUCAUUUCUUUCCGUGUUGUCAUAUGACACUAUAUAUAUAUAUGUUAUACCUGAGAUAUAAAUUUGUAUCCCUGUUUCAACUUCUAAUGCUACGAAACUGUACACCAUUUUGAUCUGUUUUGUAACAUCUAUGCAUUUAAAUAAAUAAGUAAAAUUAUCAAUAUUUACAAUUUA